AUGCCGCAGCCUCUCAAUUCGAAAGAGUCUUCGCUCUUUCGAGCCGUCAUCCGCGCCUAUGAAGACAAGCAGUACAAGCGCGGCCUCAAGUCGGCUGACCUGAUUCUGAAGAAGAACCCCAAGCAUGGCGAUACGAUGGCCAUGAAGGCUCUUAUUAUGAAUGCGCAGGGAAAGACCGAGGAGGCCUUCGCGCUCGGCAAGGAGGCGCUGACGGUGGAUAUGAAGUCGCACAUUUGCUGGCACGUCUACGGCCUGCUGUACCGCGCCAACAAAAACUUCGAGGAGGCCAUCAAGGCCUACAAGUUUGCGCUGAAGCUCGAGCCCGAGUCGACCCAGAUUCAGCGGGACUUGGCUAUCCUCCAGGUCCAGAUGCGCGAUUAUGCCGGAUACAUCCAAAGCCGUACUGCCAUGCUGCAGGCGCGUUCCCAGCUGCGCCAGAACUGGACAGCGCUGGCCAUCGCCCACCAUCUCGCUGGCGACCUUUCAGCUGCCGAGAACGUCCUGACCACCUACGAGGGCACGCUGAAGUCCACGCCUUCCCGGGCCGACUACGAGAACUCCGAAGCCGUCAUGUACAAGAACACCAUUAUUGCAGAGCAGGGCGACUACCAAAGAGCCCUCGAGCACCUCGAGUCCGCUGCUAAGCACAGCCUUGACAGACUCGAAUUUUUGGAGCUGCGCGCUAAGUAUCUGGUCAAGUUGGGCAAGAAGGAGGAGGCUGUUGCUGCGUGGGAGGCCCUUGUCGACCGCAACGCUGAUCGUCCUGCCUACUUUGAGGGCCUGGAGAGCGCCCAUGGCUUUGCCGAGGGCGACCAGGAUGCCAGAAAGUCGAUCUACGACACAUAUGCCAAGAAGUUCCCCCGUUCAGAUGCACCUCGUCGUCUGCCCCUGAACUUCCUGUCUGGCGAUGCUUUCCGCACUGCGGCUCAGGAGUACCUGACGCUCAUGUUUAACAAGGGCGUUCCUUCAACGUUCGCCAACCUGAAGCACCUUUACUCCGACCCAUCAAAGAAGGAGACUUUGGAGGCGCUGGCUCAGGAGUACCUGAAGUCCCAGGCCUCCUCGGAAACGACCAACGGCGACCGCUCAAAGGGCGAGGCAGCCGCCCUCUACUUCCUCGCUCAACACUACAACUACCACCUGAGUCGCGACCUGGCCAAGGCUCACGAGUACGUCGAUAAGGCCAUCGAGAAGGUCCCCGACAGCGUUGACUUCACCAUGACCAAGGCCAGGAUAUGGAAGCACCAAGGCAACCUCCAAGAGGCUUCCGAGACUAUGGACAAGGCCCGCACUUUGGAUACCAGAGACCGCUACAUCAACACCAAGGCUGCCAAGUACCAGCUGCGUAACAACGAGAACGACAAGGCGUUGAAGACAGUUGGUCUCUUCACCAGGGCAGACACCGUCGGCGGCCCUCUUGCGGACCUCCUCGACAUGCAGUGCGUCUGGUACCUGACUGAGGAGGGUGAGGCGUGCGCCAGACAGGGCGACGACGCCUUGGCCCUCAAGCGGUUCCACACCAUCCACAGCAUCUUUGACGUCUGGCAAGAAGAUCAAUUCGACUUCCAUAGCUUCUCUCUUCGAAAGGGUCAAAUCCGUGCCUACGUCGACAUGGUCCGGUGGGAGGAUCACCUUCGCGACCACCCCUUUUACUCGAGAGCCGCGUUGGACGCCGUUGCCAUUUACCUCAAGCGUGCCGAUCGCCCCUUGGCGAACGGCGUCAACGGCGAUGCUAACGGCGAUGACGCUUCCGAGAGGAAGAAGGCUGCCAAGAAGGCCAAGAAGGAGCAGCAGCGUCUCGAGCGGGAAGCCGCCGACCGCGCAGCAAAGCAGGACCCUAACAAGGGCAAGGCCACCGAAGAGCCAAAGAAGAAGGACGACGACCCGCUCGGCCACAAGCUGUUGGAUGCCGAGCCUCUCGGUGCCGCCAUGCGUUUUGUUACCCCUCUGCUGCAGUUCAGCCCCAAGAACAUCCAGGCCCAGUUUGCCGGCUUCGACGUCUACCUGCGCCGGAAGAAGUACGUUCUUGCCCUGCGUUGCCUCAACGCUGCGCGCGAACUAGACGAGUCUCACCCCGGAGUCCACGAGCGUGUCGUCGAGUUCGCCCACGUCGUCCGCCCGGCCCUCGAGAGCCUGCCGGCGAAGGUGCAAGAACUCAUCAAAUCUGAGUUUACCCCCCCUGCCGGCGACCUGAAGAAGUACAACGAGGAGUUCCUGUCGAACAACAAGUCCACGCCCUCUCACGUUGUCGCUGCGCUCAAGACUCGGAGGGUUCUGGGCGAGGACCGAUCCAAGACGGAGAGCGACCUCGCCAAUGUCGUCAAGGCGCCCGAGGCCACGUUCGAGCUCGCGGCCGAAGUGUACGACAUCCUCAAGGCAUGGAGAAGCAGCGAGGCCGAGACGCUCAAGAAGGCGGCGCAUGAUCGAUGGCCCGAGGUGACCAUCUUCGCCUAG